AUGAAAUUUCAACAGAAGAAAGAAUUAUAGUCUAUUGUCUAUGCAACAGCACUAAAUCAAGCUGAUGUUGUAGCUAUGACUACCACAGGCUGUGCUAAGAAUAGUGAAUUACUAAAAGAUGUAAAUUUCCCAAUAGUUAUCGUCGAGGAAGCAGCAGAAGUUUUUGAAGGUCAUAUUUUAACUGCAUUAAACGAAAAAACAGAACAUCUUGUACUUAUUGGAGAUCACAUGUAGUUAAGGCCCUCACCAGCAGUUUACUAGCUUGAAAAAGAAUAUAAUUUAAGUAUGUCAAUGUUUGAGAGAUUAGUCAAAAGUGAUUUUAAAUAUACAACUUUAACAAACCAAAGAAGAAUGCGACCUGAGAUAUCUUAAUUAGUAAAAUUUCUCUAUCCUAAGCUCACUGAUGAUGCAAGAGUAAAACUUUAUCCUAAUAUUAGAGGAAUCGAAAAGAAUUUAUUCUUUAUGACUCAUUCUUAGCAAGAGGCAUCUGAUGAUAAUAUCCAGUCAAAAUAUAAUGAUUACGAAGCUAAUAUGAUUAUCAAAUUCACAAGUUACCUUUUAUAAUAAAAAUAUCAGGCUAGUCAAAUUACAAUUUUAUCUCUUUACUAAGCCUAGUCUUUCCAUAUUAAAAACAAACUAAAAUAAAUGUUCAAUGAUACAGAUCCAAUAAAUAAGGUAAAAGCCGUUACAGUGGACAAUUUUCAAGGGGAAGAGAAUGACAUAAUUAUCCUCUCUUUAGUAAGAUCAAAUAGCUAAAAUAACAUUGGAUAUCUUAAAGUAAGUAAUAGAGUAUGUGUAGCCCUUUCUAGGGCAAAACAUGGAAUGUAUAUUUUUGGAAAUUCAGAAUGCUUGAUAAAAUAAAAAGGCUUCGAUGAAUAAGGAAACCUAUGGAUUGAAGUAUUAAAAUAUCUUGCAAAAAAUAAUUACUAUGGAGAUACAUUGAAUCUCUGUUGUAGAAAUCACAAAACGAUUACAGCGGUCAAAAAGCCUGAAGAUUUUGACAAGGUAGCCUAAGGUGGAUGCAAUAGAAUUUGUGAAAUUUAAAUGAGCUGUGGGCACACAUGCAAAAGUGUGUGUCAUAAUUAUGAGGUAACUCUAAAAGAUCCAACUGGCCAUGAUAGUGUUAAAUUUUCACUAUGCCAGAUUGCAAUCAUGAAAACUUAAUAGACUGUUCAUAGGUGGGUAAAGCUAAAUGCAAGGUUCAAUGUGAAAAAAUUAAACUCUGUGGUCAUAGAUGUCUAAGUGCUUGUUCUUUUGAUUGUACAUUUGAAAAAUGUCGUUAAUAGAUUAUAAAGACUCUGCCUAAUUGUGGUCACUAAAUUGAAGUUAAAUGUUCACUUUCCUAUGAGCAAUUUAAGAAAAUAAUAACUUCAGGUUGUUAUGUUAAAUGUGGGAAACCACUCGAAUGUGGGCAUGCUUGCUUAAAAGCAUGUGUCUUGCACUAUUGCUCCCUGUACUAAAGCAUGCCCUAUUAUUCUUGAUUGCGGUCACUAUUGUAUAGGUCUAUGUGGAGAUUAAUGCCCAUCUAUAUGUAGAGAAUGCUAGCCUGAUCAUGAAGCAUUUGAUAGUUUUGAGGGUGAUUAUUAAUCAAAAUUUGUUCAGAUAGACUGUGGUCACUUAUUUGAAUCUACAUACUUAGAUAACUUGUUUAAGAAAAAUUAGCUGUAGGAAAAAGGAAUAAUAUAGCACUAUAUCCUAUUGUUAAGUCUGGAGAGGAAAUUACUGAUAAUUUCUUUUAUGAUAUCUUUCGCAAAAUCUUUCAAGAAGGAAUGGUAUUAUAAUAAUGAAGAAGAAUUGCUACAAUUAGAUCCAGUAAGAAAAAUUCUAGAGUAAGAUGCUUAAAUGGCAUUUUAAUUAAUAAAGUAAAAGAAGUUUAUUGUAACUGCUAAUGAAUUUUUGAGAUUUGAAUCUUUAGCCAAAAAUUAUGAUGAGACUAAAGAUCUUAAGCAUCUAUAUUCUAAGAUUCCCUAAUAAUUUGGAUUGCUCUCAGAAAAUUGGUUUAGCUGCAAAAAGAACCAUCUAUUUGCUGUUGGUAAUUUUGAUGGAUCUAAAGAAUAUUUAAAGUGUCCCAAAUGCUAAUAAGCUAAGAAAGUAGCAAUAACUUCUAGCCAAUGA